GGAGGAGGAGCGGGAGGAGGAGGAGGAGGAAGGCUCAGUGCAGCUGCUAUGAGAGCCGAGUUUCUCUGGUUUUCCUCCGUCUUCGCGCUGUGUCGGAGUUAUGAGGCCCGCCGGGUUCGUCUUCCAGCGGCUGCGCUUCGCCCCGCCCCGCCUGCAGCACCGCGGUGUGUGUGACGUGGCCGUGGUGGGAGGAGGAAUCGUGGGUCUGGCUUCAGCGAGAGAGCUCAUCCUCAGACACCCCAACCUCACCUUCACCCUGCUGGAGAAGGAGAAGGAGCUCGCCCUCCAUCAGACGGGCCAUAACAGUGGUGUGAUCCACAGUGGGAUCUACUACACGCCGGGUUCUCUGAAGGCCCGUCUCUGUGUGAAGGGAGCGUCUCUGGCCUAUUCGUACUGCGACAGCAAAGGCGUCCCCUACAGGAGAUGCGGCAAACUGAUUGUGGCGGUGGAGAGGGAGGAGGUCCCGCGUCUGAAGGCGCUGUACGAGCGCGGACUGAAAAACGGCGUGAAAGAACUACGGCUGAUCGACGCCAGAGCCAUCCGCGAGAGGGAGCCCUACUGCAGGGGGAUCAUGGCGCUGGACUCGCCCCACACUGGAAUCGUAGACUGGCGUUUGGUGGCUCUAACGUACGGGAAAGACUUCCAGCAGGCCGGAGGCUCCAUAGUAACAGGGUUCGAGGUUUCAGACAUCACCAUGGCAACGGAGAGUCCAGCUGGGAGCUCUGAGGGUUUAAAGUACCCAGUCGUUAUCAGGAGCUCAAAGGGUGAGGAGGUCCGGUGCCGUUACGUGCUGACCUGCGGCGGUUUGUACUCUGACCGUCUCUCAGAGAUUUCGGGCUGCAGAGCAGAACCGCGCAUCGUUCCCUUCAGAGGAGAUUACCUGGUGCUGAAACCAGAGAAAAACUACCUCAUCAAGGGAAACAUCUACCCUGUUCCAGAUCCGCGGUUUCCGUUCCUGGGUGUGCACUUUACACCCCGUGUGGAUGGCAGUGUGUGGCUGGGGCCGAACGCUGUGCUGGCCUUUAAGCGGGAAGGAUACAACCUCUACGACUUCAACGCUAAGGACUUCACAGACGCCCUGUCCUUCAGAGGUUUACAGAAGCUGGUGCUGAAGAACGUGGUGUAUGGAGUAGGUGAAAUGUACAGGGGACUGUUCCUCAGUGCUCAAGUGAAGAUCCUGCAGAAAUACAUACCUGAGCUGAGCCGCAGUGACAUCGUCAGGGGUCCGUCUGGAGUGAGGGCGCAGGCUCUGGAUCCUGACGGGAACCUGGUGGAUGAUUUUGUUUUUGAUGGUGGUGUGGGGGAGCUCGGCAGUCGAGUGCUGCACAUCCGCAAUGCGCCGUCGCCAGCGGCAACCUCCUCCCUCGCCAUCGCCGAGAUGAUCGCAGACGAGCUGGAGGCGCGCUUCAGCCUGUAGGCCCGCAGGGUGAACGGACUGGGACAGAAACCAGGAGCCUCAGCGCUGACCAGAGCUGACCAGAGCUGACCGUGUUCAGUAUAACGCUCUGCACACUGACCUAACAGCUGUCCUUUAACACACAGCAGCUUAUAGUGCUGCUCUGAACAAACGUGAAGCAAUAGUUUGGUGAAAAACCAUGUUUACACACUUCACAGCGUCACUGUGUUCUUCAAGGGUUCUUUAGCUCUCAUGAAUCUGACGUAGACUUUUCCUUUGGCUCCUUCUCAGCAACACACAGAACAAGCUUAGGAAGAUAACGGAGAAUGAGGCCCACUGGUUCUGUAAGCAUUUAAUGGUGAAGUGGUUCUUCAGAUUGAUCAAGCAUGUGUUGCGUAUGGUUCUAUAAAGCACCAAAAAGGGUUCUAUUUUCACAAGCUUGGAAUCAUGACGAUAGCAGAACGCCUUUUGGUGCUGGUAAGAACCCUUUUAUAUACAGCACAUCGUUCAUCAAUCCGGUUUCACCAUGCAAAGAACCAUUUAACCAGGCGAGUGGUUAUUUUGGUGUUCAUGGUUCUAUAAAAUACUGUUCUCUUUACUAAAGAACCCUUGAAGAACCAUGUUGUGUACCUUAGGCUCGUAGCUCCAGUGCUGAAACCUAAGAAGCAGCAGACGUGUCUGAGCUAAUCGACCUGAUUUGUGAUCAUUAGUUUAAUCCAAAUGUAACGGCGCCUUCAGACACGCUCUACUUUAUAAAUGUGUGUUACUGUUAUCUGCCUUUUUCACGCAGCUGAGGUUUUUCUGACGGCUCGUUAAUCAUCGUUAUCAUAUUGACUGGUGUGAAACUCUAGCGCUCAUAUCGCUCUGCAGGACAAUAUUGGGCCUCAGUUUGGAAACUGCUCUGGAUUAUUUUCUUGAAAUAAAUGGCGACGCGAGUUUCUUCCUAAACUGAAGCGGGAUGUGAGAACUGCUGUGGUGCUGUUGUCAUUUUUAUUUUGUAAUUGCAUUUUCUUGAUUUGUGUGAAUAAAUGAGUAUUUUGUCAAUAAACUAAUCCACAAGGGGGAAA